UCCCCCCGGCUCCGCCCGGCCGCGCGCCCGCGUUCCGGCGCGGCCAUGCUGGCGGACGGGCCGGUGCGGCGGCUGCUGCGGGCGGGGGGGGGGGCCAGGCACCGAGCCAUGCGGAGCUGGGGCGUGCUGGGGGGCGCGGCGGCGGCGCUGGCGGCCGGGAUUUACGUCCUGUGGGGCCCCAUCACCGGCAGGAAACGGCGGCGGAGAGGGCUCGUGCCAGGCCUGCUGAACCUGGGCAACACGUGUUUCAUGAACUCCCUGCUGCAGGGCUUGUCCUCGUGCCCCUCGUUCAUCCGGUGGCUGGAGGAGUUCACAGCCCAGUACAGCACGGGGCAGGAGCAGCCCCAGCAGCUCUCAGUGACUCUGCUGCAGCUCCUCAGAGCUCUGUCCUGCCAGGAGGUGCCCGAGGACGACGUGCUGGAUGCCAGCUGCCUGCUGGAGGUGCUGAGGAUGAACAGGUGGCAGAUCUCCUCCUUUGAGGAGCAGGAUGCCCACGAGCUGUUCCAUGUCCUGACCUCUUCCCUGGAGGACGAGCGGGAUCGGCAGCCCCGUGUCACCCAUCUGUUUGAUGUGCAUUCCCUGGAGCAACCAGAAAUAAUCCAAAAGCAAAUAAGCUGCAGAACAAGAGGAUCUCUUCCCCCUGUGUCCAACCACUGGAAAUCUCAGCACCCUUUCCAUGGAAGGCUGACCAGCAACAUGGUCUGCAAACACUGUGAGCACCAGAGCCCCGUGAGGUUCGACACCUUCGACAGCCUCUCCCUGAGCAUUCCAGCAGCUGUGUGGGGUCGUCCCAUGACACUGGACCAUUGCCUCCAUCACUUCAUCUCCUCAGAGUCUGUCAAGGAUGUUGUGUGUGACAACUGCACCAAAAUCCAGGCAGCAGGAAUUCUGAAUGGACAGAGCAUAGAAAACCAGAGAACAACAUUUGUUAAGCAAUUAAAGUUAGGAAAGCUGCCCCAGUGUUUGUGCAUCCACCUGCAAAGGCUGAGCUGGUCAAACCAAGGCACUCCCCUGAAGAGACACGAACACGUGCAGUUCAACGAGUUCCUGGUCAUGGACAUCUACAAAUACCGGGUUCCUGGUCCCAAAUCCUGCCAGGAGCAGCUCAGCCAGAAAAACUCUGAGGAGACAACCCCUGGAAUAAAGGAUGGGAGAGCAGGGAAGCCUUCAGAUGCAGAACAACCAGCUGGUACCAAACCUCUCUUCAUGAAUGGUGCCUCCUCUUCCUCCUCCUCCUCUCCCUCAUUUUUAAUGUCCCCAGGAACUUUCCCACUUGCUGCAUUCCCUGAGUGCAGGGCCCCGCUGUACCUGUACCGCCUGAUGGCCGUGGUGGUGCACCACGGGGACAUGCACUCGGGACACUUCGUCACCUUCCGGCGCGCGCCGGGCGCCCGCGGCAGCCAGUGGCUCUGGAUCUCGGACGAGUCCGUGCGCAGGGCCAGCCUGCACGAGGUGCUGGCUGCCAGCGCCUACCUGCUGUUCUACGAGCGCGUGCACGGCCGGGCCCAGCCCCAGAGCCCGGCCCAGAGCUGAGCCGGCGGUGCUGGGAUGGUCCCAGCCCUCGGGGUCAUCCCAGCCCUCGGGGUCAUCCCAGUCCUUGGGGUCAUCCCAGCCCCUGGGACCAUCCCAGUCCUUGGGGUCAUCCCAGCCCCUGGAACCAUCCCAGCCCUUGGGGUCAUCCUCAUCCCAGCCCUUGAGACCGUCCCAGCCCUCAAGAUGGUCUCAGCCCCUGGGAUGGUCCCAGCCCUUGGGGUCAUCCUCAUCCCAGCCCUUGGGACUGUCCCAGCCCCUGGGAUGGCCCCAGCCCUCGGGAUGGCCCCAGCCCUUGGGAUGGUUCCCUCCCCUGGAAUGGUUCCUUCUCCCAGGAUGGCCCCAGCCCCUGGGAUGGCCCCAGCCCUCGGGAUGGUCUCAGCCCCUGGGAUGGUUCCCUCUCCUGGAAUGGUUCCCUCUCCCGGGAUGGUCCCAACCCCUGAGAUGAUCCCAGCCCCUGGGAUGGUUCCAGCCCUUGGGAUGGUCCCAGCCCCUGGGAUGGUUCCCUCUCCCGGGAUGAUCCCAGCCCCUGGGAUGGUCCCAGCCCCUGGGAUGGUUCCAGCCCUUGGGAUGGUUCCAGCCCCUGGGAUGGCCUCAGCCCUCGAUGGAGCCUCUCCAUUAUGCAAACCUCCCCCUCUCCAGGCUCCCUUCCCUGUGGGAGCAGCUGGGAGUUGUGGUUUGUGCCCAAAUCCUGCUGUUCUGGCACCGUGCAGCCCCGGGUGUGUGUUGAGAAGUGUUUUUCUGCCUGUCCCAAGGCUCUGUUCCAUGUCCUGACACAGCACUUUUCCCAGGGAGAUGCUUUAUCCCACACAUUUCACUUCCCAAGGGGGAGCCCUGGAAAGGGUUAUGUCACACUGCUGUUGAAGAGCCCUUCCCCAUCCCAAUCCCUCCCCUGGCACCUCUCCAUGAUCCACCAGCCCCUCCAGGUUCCCUUCCCUGUGGCAAUGGCUGGGAAUUGUGUUUUGUACCAAAAUUCCCAGAGCUGUUCCAGCCCCAAGCGUGUGUUGAGCAGCCUUUGUCUGUCAGGCAGGGAUUUUAUCCCAAGGCUCUAUUCCCAGUGUUUCCCAGUGGGGAGCCCUGGGAGGGGGUGAUGGGAAGCUGCUGUUGGCAAUGAUUUAAGACACAAAGUGCCUUGAGCUUCCCUGAACAGCUGCACUGCCACUGGCCCAGCCCUCUGCAUGCCCACUGUGUCCUGGGAAUGCCUCACACCCACGGGAUGAACCCAUGGAAUCCCAUUUCUCCUGACCCAUCAAGUCAAGGCAUCUCCACAAACUGCCCCCAUCCAAAAGAUUUCCCUGUUCACACAAUUUUCCUCCUACUUUACUUCUUUAUAUUAUAAAAUCCUUCUCCUGAUUUAAAUUGCUUUAUCCAGGAGAUAAUUUUGUAUCUAUUAAGAGCUGAAACCUUAAUUUAUUGCUCCAUACCUUUGGAAUCUAGCUGGAAUUAGCACAUGGAAGUGUUUGCUAGUGCUCAGUGUUGUCAUUUCCUUCAGCACUGUUGGAUCCAGUUGUUUUGUAGCAUCAACUACAACUUUUAAUGCUGUGAUUUUCAAGCUGCUGUAACUGUUCUAGACUUGCCCUUCCCAUUUUAUUGCUGGAAUCUGCUAUUCCCAGCACUGGGAUCCACGCUCCUGGCUUGCAGGUGAGCUGUAGAGCAGCCCCCGGCCUUGUUAAAUGGAAAAUAAAUAAGAGGGCCAGGACUGGUGGGCACUUACUGGUCUCAUGAAGAAAUCUGGGAAUCCUGCAUCAGCUCCAGGCUGCCCUGUAAAUAGAAAUAAGGGGAAUUCUGCUGCUCUGGAUUGGUUGAUGUGCAAAAAAAAAAAAAAAAAAAAAAAAAAAAAUUUAAAA